UUUAAAAGAUGUCUCUCAUACACAGCGCCUCGGCGGAAUGCAUGAAGUCCGAGCUGGACCUAUUUACGAUCCCUAUGACGCAACACAGUAUAGAAUCCUACAAAUACGUAGAAACGCCUCCCAUCACGGCCAUUACCGAAAACGGCCCCCUGGAAUUUUUUAUAGCGGGGUCGGGGGACACCUACGUCGAUCUGAACCGUUCGCUUUUGUACCUCACGUGCAAAGAGACAAUGAGGGGUUAACGUGGCGAAGCGCUUAUUGCGAAAGGAGCCGAACGUUCGAAUUAAUGGGACAUUUGCAUAACGACUUUGCAUUUCAGGAAAAGCUUCUUUUAAAUUCCGUCGACGUGAGAAUCAAGUUAGUUCGUAAUAAAAACGAGUUUGUUUUAAUGUCGUCGGAUCCGAACCCGGGCUAUAAACUUCACAUUUUAACGGCCCUUUUGUACGUGAAAAGAAUACACGUGUCACCCAGUGUGAAACUGGGGCACGCGUCAGCUUUGCUUCAGUCUAACGCGAGGUACCCGUUAGAACGAGUUAACGUGAAAGUGUUAAGCGUGCCGGCGGGGGGUCGCGUGUCAAACCAGGAUAAUCUAUUUUUGGGCCAAGUGCCAAAAUUCAUCGCUAUAGGUUUUGUUCAUAACGAAGCUUUCAGCGGAUCAUACGCGCGAAAUCCUUUUAAUUUUCAUCAUUACGACGUGGAAUCUUUAAAUCUCAGCGUGGACGGUGUGUCCUACCCGUCCACGCCUUUUCGACCCCUUUUUCCCAGGCAGCGCUGCCUGCGAGAAUACUUCAGCCUGGUCGAGGCUACGGACAGAGGGUUGAGGGACCAGCCUUUGGCCAUCUCUCGUGAAGAUUUUUCUCAGGGCUACUGUUUAUUCGCGUUCAACUUGACCCCCGACGAAAGCUCGGGCGAACACGUUUCCUUAAUACAGUCGGGGCACGUUAGACUGGACCUCCGGUUUCGAGCGCCUUUGCCCAACACCAUAAACAUCAUCGUGUUUGCGGUUUUUGACAACGUGUUAGAAAUUGAUCACAAACGUGAAGUGCUUAUGGACUAUUUUUAAAAAAAAAUGGACACCAGACAGAUCGCUAAAGCCAUGCGAUACGCCCGAGGGUUCAGAGGCGUAUUCCCCUGCGAUCAACUGCCGCGGGUGUUAAA